AUGGGUGCAUCAGGCUUAGUCUAUGCUUUAGCAAAUUGCAUUAAUCUCUCAAAUUUGAGACUUGUUCUUGAUUACAAUUAAAUUGGUGCAAUGGGUGCAUCAGGAUUAGGUUAUGCUUUAGCAAAUUGUAUUAAUCUCUCAAAUUUGACACUUUGUCUUAGUAGUAAUGAAAUUGUUGAUGAAGAUGCAUCAGAUUUAGGUUCAGCUUUAGCAAAUUGCAUUAAUCUCUCAAAUUUGAUGCUUAACCUUUAUGACAAUUAAAUUGGUGAUGAAGGUGCAUCAGGCUUAGGUUCUGGUUUAUCAAAUUGCAUUAAUCUCUCAAAUUUGGCACUUGACCUUGGUUCAAAUUAAAUUGGUGAUGAAGGUGCAUCAGGCUUAGGUUCUGGUUUAUAAAAUUGCAUUAAUCUCUCAAAUUUGGUACUUGAUCUUGGUGACAAUUAAAUUGGUGACGAAGGUGCAUCAGGCUUAGGUUCUGCUUUAGCAAAUUGCAAUAAUCUCUCAAAUUUGACACUUCGUCUGAACAAUUAAAUUUGUGAAUUGGUUGCAUCAGGCUUAGGUUCUGGUUUAGCAAGUUGUAUUAAUCUCUCAAAUUUGACACUUGACCUUAGUAGCAAUGAAAUUGGUGCAAUGGGUGCAUCAGGCCUAGGUUCUUUAGCAAAUUGCAUUAAACUCUCAAAUUUGACUCUUAAUCUUUGUGAAAGUUAAAUUGGUUCAAUGGGAGCAUUAGGCUUAGGUUCUGCCUUAGCAAAUUGCAUUAAUCUCUCAAAUUUGACACUUAAUCUUGAUAGCAAUGAAAUUGGUGAUGAAGGUGCAUCAGGCUUAAGUUCUGGUUUAGUAAAUUGCAUUAAUCUCUCAAAUUUGACACUUUAUCUUAGGUGCAAUUAAAUUGGUAACUAAGGUGCAUCAAGCUUAGGUACUGCUUUAGCAAAUUGCAUUAAUCUCUCAAACUUGACACUUUAUUUUAAUGAAAAUUAAAUUGGCGGAAAGGGUGCAUCAGGAUUAGGUUCUGGUUUAGCAAAUUGCAUUAAUCUCUCAAAUUUGACACUUGAUCUUAGUAGCAAUGAAAUUGGUGAUGAAGGUGCAUCAGGCUUAAGUUCUGGUUUAGUAAAUUGCAUUAAUCUCUCAAAUUUGACACUUUAUCUUAGUUACAAUUAUAUUCGUACAAUUGGUGCAUCAGGCUUAGGUUCUGGUAUAUCAAAUUGCAUUAAUCUCUCAAAUUUGGUACUUAAUCUUUAUAGUAAUGAAAUUUUUGAAGCAUCAUGCAUAGUUUCUGCUUUGGCAAAUUUCAUUAAUCUCUAAAAUUUGACACUUGAUCUGUAUAAUAACUACAUUUUUGAAUCAGAAACAUAGUAAUAUAAGAACAAAUGUCUUAAAUAAAAAAGAUUAGUUGUCUUUAAAAAUAGAUUCUAAUGA